GAAAUAAUUGACAAUAUGGUGGAAAGGAAAAUAGCAUAUAAGGAUAAGACAUUCAGGAUAAUAGUGGUCUAUAAUCAAGACACAAAAGGAACAUGGAAAGAGAUGGAGGAAAGAGUAGACGGAAGAGAAGAGGAAGUGAUGAUCGUCGGCGGAGACUGGAACGUGAGAACGGGAGAAGAGGGAGGGCAGGUAAACGAGGACCUAGGGAAAGAAAGAAGCAGGCGAUCAAAAGACAAGAAAAUAAACGCGGGAGGAAGAACACUGCUUAGGUACCUGGAAGAGAGAGGCUGGACGAUAAUAAACGGCAGGGAUGAAGAAGGAGAGGAGUGGACCUAUAUUGGGGAGAGAGGAAACUCAGUAAUAGAUUAUGUGAUUGGAAACCAGGAGGCGACAGAAGAAAUAAUUGACAUGAAGGUCGGAAAAAGAACAGAGUCGGACCAUAUGCCACUAGAAGUAGAAAUAGGGGGGCCAGAACUACAAAAAAAAAAACGAAGAAAGGGAAGAAGAAGAGAAGGAGAGAAGGGAGUGGACAAACGAAAGCAUGGAAAAGUAUCUGGAAAGCAUGGAGGAAUGCAAAGAUUGGACCUAUGAGGGGAGAACAGUAGAGGAACUGUGGGCAGAAAU